AUAAACUCUCUCUCUCUCUCUGUCUCUGUCUCUGUAUUCUGCUUCCAGGAGGCCUUGAUUUCCUCUGAUAGAAGCUGUUGUUGCCGCCUCUCAUGUUCUAAAACCACAUUUUAUAAGGUUUUCUCUAUUUUAUUUAAUCAAAAUUAUUUGAUUCAUCAAAGUUUGUUUUUAGAGAUGAUGGUCAUGAAGAGACCAUGGCGAUUAAGAGCAGAUUAAUGGGGUUCAUAACUAUUUGAGGUGGAGCUGAGAGGAGAAACAUCAUAUAAAUUACACAAUUUGGCUGAUGAUGAUGAACAAUAAAAUGAAGGGCCUAUUAAAGGGCCUAAGAUACAUUUCUCAAAUAUUUGAUGAGGAGGAAAAGGAGAUGCAGAUUGGAUAUCCAACAGAUGUCAAGCAUGUGGCUCACUUUGGAUGUGAUGGACCUUCUGCAAAUGCACCAAGCUGG